GUUUAAUGUUGAAACGUUUGAUUUGUUAUCUGUAUCACACAACAUAUGCUAAUUAUAGCUGGUUAAUGAGCUGUAAUAUAAUAUACAUACGUUCACAACGUUUCAUUAAUCACCUAAAUGUAUUUUUCUAAACAGAAGAUGAUCAGAUGACUUGCAUGCAAUGUUUUGUUUUGAAGGCCUUUUUGAACGGGCCUCUGUGCCUCCCCUUGCCGUAUGUUUGGUUCUCGUGAAAUCCCAGUCUGAAGAUAUUUUUAUAUUAUCAAAUAUAUUUCAGUUUGCUGAAAAUGGAGCAUAAUAUUUCAUAGACAUCUUCUGGUGUAUAUUGAUGUUUCCGUUUCCUGGCUACCGCAACUUUUGUGUUUUUAGCGUAGUUGGCUAAUGUUAACUAAUGUGCUAACGUUAGCUACCAACAUAUCGCUAGACAGUAGGCUACAGUGGCAAUUGUAUAAGGUAACUAGUUAGCUAGUUAUGUAUGAUAAUGUAUGUCGUUAUCAUAUACAUUUGUAAUGGUUGUCCAAUGCCAAUACUUUUCGGAGGUGUGUAAAUUGACCAGAAUGUAGCUAGUUAACUAUCUACUAACGUUAGCAAGCUAGCUGCCCAAGAAAUGUAGCUAGCUAGAUAGCAAACGUUAGCUAUCUAGCUCGGCUCGCUAACGUUACCUAAGUUGCUAGCUAAUGUACGAUAGGUAGCAAGUAAGUAAAUAUGGUAGCUAACUAUUUGUUUUGAUAACUAACUAGUAUUUGUCGGGCUGUUUAGUAGAUAAUUAGACACGUAGUUUACUUAACGUUAUUUAAUUCAAUGCGCUCAAGAAGUGUGCAUGUAUUAGCUAGCGAGCUAUUCCUUCAGUUUUAAUCAUAACGUUAGUUAGGUAAUAGUUCUAUUUUUAUGAGAGCCUCGUUUAAUUCAAGGUUAUCUAACGUUAACUAGCUAAUGGAAUAACUGGUGACAUUCUGAAAAUGACAUUGUGACAUUACAGGACAGCGUUUCCACAUCCUGUAUUUAUUUGCAUGUAACGGGCAACUUCAGUCUGACUGCAUCCUCGUGCGCAUGAAUGUACUGUGGCCACAGCUGAUGUUCUCAAGGACAAGAGUCACGUGAUGUAUGAGGGCAAACACAUCCACUUCUCGGAGGUGGACAAUAAGCCAUUGUGCUCAUACAGCCCAAAGCUCUGCAAGCAGCGCAGGCUCAAUGGCUAUGCCUUCUGUAUCCGUCAUGUCCUGGAGGAUAAGACUGCCCCCUUCAAGCAAUGUGAAUAUGUGGCCAAGUACAACAGCCAACAGUGCACCAACCCCAUCCCCAAGUCUGAGGACCGCAGAUACUGUAACAGCCACCUCCAAGUUCUUGGGUUUAUCCCCAAGAAGGAGCGGAAGAAGAAGCAUGAUACAUUGGAGGAGAUGCGCUCACGACCUCACCUGGAGUCAGUGGCUCUUAACAUAACUGUGCCCUCGCUGGCCCUAAAGGCCUCCAACGGCCUGGACGAGCUGCCACCCUCUCCACCCUGCACCCGUCUCUUACCCCUCCCAGACGGGGAGAUCCUGGACCCUUUUGCCUUUUAUGAGGACGACACAAACGGGGAAGAGUGCGCUGCUCGGAAGGGCUCCGCUGUCAGGAAGAAACUACACAGUCGGCUGGUGCUCAGCCAGAAACUCCAGCUCCACCAUCACGACACUGACUUUUUCCAACCACCUUUAGAGCACUUUAGCCCCUCUCCUCUUCCCCGUGUGCACCCCUCCUCACCCCUCCACCCUCACCUCCCCCGUAAACAGCAGGCAGGACUCCUCCAGCCCCCCCAGCACUCCACCAUGCCCUCGUUUGUCCUCCCAGGACAGCAGCAGGGUUUUUUAUGCAAGCCAGCUCCACCUCAGACUCCCGCCUUUCUGCCUGUCGGGCUGCCCCCCAACACGGCUCCCAGUCAGGUGCAGUCCUCUGGUCCCCCCCUCAGCAGGAAAGCUCUGUUCACUGCCACGCCCUUGCCAUCCAGUAGCUGGGACAGCACUCAGCGGCAUAUGGUGGCCAUGCGCCCAGCUGCCUUCUCACCUCCCCCUGCCUGCCUGGCCAGGUUACAGCAUCUGGUACAGCUCUGCGCCCAAAGACAUCAGGAGCACGGAGACCUUUUCCCUCAUCUAGGGUUGGACUGGUCUGAAGACAGUGCAGAGGAUGAUGACGUGGAGGCCGAGAGAGUUCCACCAUAUCACAACGCCUGGAGACUACAGGAAGGACACAUACAGGACGUCUCUGAUGAAGAUGCCGGUAGCUCUCGGAGAACACGUCUGGCGCGGCUGUGCUCGUACCUCCAGGAUAAAUACAAGCACUUGUGCAGGCAGGAGAGGGCAACCAUGCGCCAGAAGAGAUACCGCUAUGCCUUCCGCAAAGCCCUGCUGCAUGCCGCCAGUAAAGACCCUGACUGUGCUGGCCAGUUGAUCCAGGAGCUGCGCAAGGUCUCCCAGACCUCAUCAAGUGCGCUGGGGCAGCAGGAGACAGAGGCGGGAAUCUGCACUGGAAGUACCAAGGGCCGGGCCUGCACUAGCCAAGCUCUACCCUUCACCCGACACUGCUUCCAGCACGUUCUGUUGAAUCGCUCCCAGCAGCUCUUCUCCAGUUGCACAGCCAAAUUUGCAGAUGGACAACAAUGCUCCAUCCCUGUGUUUGACAUCACGCAUCAGACACCGCUCUGUGAGGAGCAUGCCAAAAAGAUGGACAAUUUCCUGCGUGGGGAUGGUAACAGAAGAGUGCAGCACCAGCAACAGCAGCAGCGGAAGCCGCGGAAGAAGAGCAAACCGCCGGCGCUCACCAAGAAACACAAAAAGAAGAGGAGGAGAGGGCCAUGGCGGCCCCAAAAGCCCAUCCCGCCGGCUCUGCCCCAGGGGAACUUGGGAAUGCCUUCCUCCUCCAGCCUGACCAUGCCCACCCAGGCUAGCAUCAGGAGUCCUUCGACGCCCGAACUGAGCACUGAUGAGCUUCCUGAUGACAUCACCAAUGACAUGGCAGACAUUCCAAACGACCUCGAGCUGAACCAGGAAGACUUCUCGGACGUGUUACCCAGGCUCCCCGAUGACCUGCAGGACUUUGACUUGUUUGAAGGUAAAAAUGGGGAGCUGCUACCCACCACGGAGGAGGCUGAAGAGCUGGUGCGAGCACUGCAGGCUGGGCUGAUGGGCUCCUACCCAGACUCCCUGGUGUGCCUGACCUCCAUGGCGGAGAUGGCGCAGGCAGAUGGAGUGGACCAUCGGGUCAUGGCAGCAGUGUUUCCUGGGCCAGGGGUCCAGCCGGGUGGGAUUGGGGACCUGCUCAAUGGCCGCAUCCCCCCAGAGAACUUCUCCAGCCUGGAGCUGGAGGACAACCUGCUGCACUCUGCUGGAGGCCACUUCUCCUCUGCGGUGUCACCUCAGCAGCCCCAGGGCCAGGCCCCCCCCCCUGGGCCUAGCCUCACCACCCCCACAGUCGCACAGAGCCCCCUGUCAGAGCGAACGUUCCCCCGGACACACCAGCCCAACAUCCUGGCCAAGCCUGAAGUGCCCACCUCGUCUCCACAGGGCAGCCAUUACAGCAGCGAGCAUGUGCCAUCCCCCUAUAGUGACCACAUGUCCUCCCCCCAUGCCACCUCCUUCCAGACAGAGACUCCUCUCCUUGUGGAGGUCCCUCUGAGCGGGGUACCAGGCCCCCCGCAGUCCUCCUGGAACAACCUCCACUUGCCCCUCACUGACCCCACACAGUUUGGCAACCUCAUCAGACCUGAGGGCCACCUCAUAUCCACCUCUCUUUCCACUCCCCCCUCCUCCACCUCCCACUCUGUGACCCUGCAGCCCAUGGCUGCCCUCUCAGCGAUCCCCCAGAGCGGCCUGACGGGCUUGACUGCUCCCCCCAAUCCCUCACCACGCGACCUCCUGACGUCCACCCAGUCCAAGCAGCAGCUCCCUCAGUUCAGCGCUGCCUUUGGCCACCAGCUGGCCUCCCACAGUGGCAUCCCCAAGGACGUGCAGCCCAGUCACAGCUCCACGGCACCCCCCACUGGCUUCUCCAUAGCUAGUGCCACCGCUGCAAGUGCCAACAGUGCAACACCCCCUUUUCCACACAGUGACUGAGAGCGAGCCGGUCAAACCAUGGACUCUAGACACUCAUUCACCCACAGUCGAUGCAUUUUCCAUCUACUUCAAGUGUGAAAUGUGGUAACGGUGCACUAUACUAUCUGAAUUUCCACAACCUCAGAUAUUCCUUAACUGUAAUGAUUUGGUGAUGUUAUAGCCAUUUGGCCAUCUGAAAAGGGUAUGCAAGAGUCCAGUGGUUUGAUGUGAAUGCCGCUCGAGGGUUUCACCAGCAGGAGGAGAUGUUGGGCAGCGUUUGUGUGGAGGGAGGGAGGUCCCUUAGUUGAAACAUGGACUCACUUGGAGGAACAUUGGAGGAAGUACCUUUAGGAGCGAUUAUUCCUAUCAUAGUGACCGCAACAGUGCUAGGGAAUUCUAUGACAAAGCCUCAAUCAGUGGUCUGUUUUUUUUUUUUUGUAUCGCCAGUUUAGUCCUGUCUUAAGUCUUCAACUAUAACCUGCCUUGCUAUGAUCAUUGCAUCGCCUCAUCUGUUCCUCAUUCCAUUCACCUUUGAAAGAGAUUCUAGGGUAGAUCCUUUGUAGGCAUCUGUGUGUGACCCAUUAUGAAGCAACAGAGGAAAUUGCUCUGUCGAAUAUCAUGAAGUAGACUUAUCUCCUCCCACGACUUAACAGACACAAUUUGGCCGAACCACUUUUAAACAGCUUUUUUUUAAUAUUGUGUAUAUAUUUGUUAUUUUAUCGGUUUACUCAAAUGUAAAAGGUCUUUUGACCUCACCAUUCUUUGGGGAACUCCUUACGGGUGGCCUAUUAGACACUUGAAGGUAAAUCUUGUUACUUUAAGCAAUAAACACAUUGCCAUACUCGGUCACAGUCGUGUAAUGUAUUGUAUUAGUCUUCACUUUAUGUAUCUUCAUUAUGUAAUCCAUACCAAUGUGGACCAGAAAUAUUUUGGGGCCUGUAUAACUCCUGUGUCAUAAACAGUUUGUUCUAAAUCAAGGCUAAUCUGUUUGAGUAGAGAUAUAGACUGUCUGUAACUGAACAGGAGCCAGCUUGCCAAAAGCAUCUUAAGGCUAUAAGUUAAUUGUUAGGAUCCUAUAGUUCUAACGAUGAACUUAGCCUUAAGAUGCUUUUGGGAAACCGGGCCCAGGUCAGGAAGCUUCUCUUGGGUCAUACUUAGUUUUAAAUAGCAAAGGGAAAAAGGGUCACUGUUAUUGCAAGGGUAAUGGCCAUAUCUAGGGGCUUUAUUGUCCGCAACUCUCCAUGGUGCUCUCUGGUCUUGCUAAAUAAUGGCGUUUUUAUUGGGACAUGCAUGCAUGUGGUCCCUCCUAAGAGAAACUCUCUACUUCAGGAACCCAGUGGGGGGGAAAUGGUUCUCUUCAAUAUCAGAACUCAUUCAGUAAAGGACCAGAAUGUUGUCUUUCACUAGUCUAGCAGUGUAUAUGGAUACAGUGGAUGUGUAUAUGGAUGUGAAAUUAUGGCCCCCUUGUUUAACCCUCUGUUAGCUGUCUGUGGUAGUGACACCAUUGAUGUAAACUGGUGCAAUGAGCAUUUGAGGUAUAGCACUGUCUGUUGUAAUACAAAACUAUUAUCAGGUGAAUUAAGGUCAAUGAAGCAUGGGUCUCUGUUAACUGUUUGGUUAGGGAAUGAGGAUGGACUGUACCUGACAACUCUGUCCUAUCUGCUUUUAAUAACUCUUAUUACAGCAGUAAACCAUGAGGUUCGGUAUAUAUUUUUUUAACUGAAAGAUACUCAGUGUUAAGUAUUAGAUAUAUUUGUAGGGUAGAAAUCUCUACAGUGGGUUUUAUUGGUGAGUUAACGAGUUGCAAUGGAUUGAAAAUGAAGUAAAACAAAAAAUAAAACAAAUCUUGCCAUUUGCAAAGUGCUUGAUGGAAACCUUUCUCUUGUUUUAAUGGCUAGCAGAACUCUUCAUUUAUCUGAAGUGGAAUGAUCGAUGUUUCUGUACACUGUCAAUUAUAAGACAAUGUCUAUAAUUAUGUAAGACAGUCAUUUUGAUAGCUAUUACAUUCUGGCAAGCAUUUGCUGCUGAAAGACUGGUAUUGCAUGGAGAGACAACCUGACAGCUGAGUGCAAAGCCACAACAUUUCUCCCUCAUUUACUACUGGAUCACUCUAGAGAGCAGUAAAUCCAACCAUAGCGUUGCAUACCAUUUUAACCUUUUUUUUUUAAAUGUUCUUUGCAAGUACUAGGGAUAUACAUAACAGCACCUGUAAUCAGUUUGGAUUUGGAGGACAUCGCUGACCUGCUCUAAACAGGACUGAGAGGCCAGAGAUUCACCUAGUAGGCAUCUUGUAUUUUGUCAGGAUACGGAUUACUAACAGCUGUCAACUGCACACACAUAUUUUUAAGACCUGAGCAGGCCCCAAUUCCAACUGAAGGCCUAGUUCUUUCUCCCAGUUCCAAAGAGACACAUUACCAGAGCAGACUCAAGUUUGUUUCUUUUGCUUGACCACCCCAUUGUUGUUCCUAGAUGUACAGCCCCUAGGAAUUAGGUGGGCUGGAAAGUGGUCUUGAAUUUGCGCAAGCAAGGCGAUACUGCUGUAUUCAAAGCAUGAGAUGAGAGACAUUGCACAGCUAGACUCCCCACCAACGAUAUAGAUCCAACUCCACGGGGCGCUUGAAAUCUGAGAGAUUGGCUGACAAAUUCCUAUACUCAUUGAAUGUACUGUAUUACUGUUUUUAAACAUGAUAGGAUGAGCUAAUAAUAAUCUAGUCACCUUUUAUUGGUCCUUGUUUAAUUUGUCUAAGGUAUUUUUUUGUAUACAAAGGUUUACAUUUUUAUGUAUAUUUUUCUUGUGUACAAAUGAUGUAAUAUGUGUAUAAACACUGUAUGUAAUAUCUGUAUAUAGUGUGAUAAUUUGAUCUGUUUUUUGGAUGUAUAAAUAAAACUUGCUGUGAGGUAUUCGCUGA